UUCGCCGACUUUGAGAGGUACGUGGUAGGUGGUGAAGCCUGAACAGGAGAGAGAUAAAAAAACAAAACAGAAAAGGUGGUAGAAGAAAAUUGAAAACGUUCACGAAGUAUCCGUAAAGCCACAACGCGUAGAAUUGUCUUCUUCUCUUGUCCAACUCUCCAAGUCGCAGCUUUGAUAAACUGACAGACGGAAAACACUGCAUAAAACUAUGGCUGGUGGGUCAGCUGCGAAAAAGCUUAUCCAAAUUGAUAUCGUUUCAGAUACUGUAUGCCCUUGGUGCUUUGUGGGCAAGAAAAAUCUUGACAAAGCUUUAGAGGCAUCUCGUGAUCGAUACGACUUUGAGGUUAGAUGGCAUCCAUUUCAACUUAAUCCUAAUGCCCCUAAAGAAGGUGUUGAUAAGAAAAGGUAUUAUGAGGAAAAAUUUGGGUCUGGCAUGUCUGGACGGAUGGAGUCUCGGAUGUCAGAGAUUUUCAGAGGCCAUGGCCUGGAAUAUAACCUGUCCGGACUCACGGGGAAUACUCUAGAUAGCCACAGGCUUAUAUAUUUUGCUGGGCUUCAGGGUCAUGAGAAGCAACAUGAGCUUGUUGGUGAGCUAUUUCUUGGAUACUUCACACAGGAAAAAUACAUUGGGGACAGGGAAUUUCUUUUGGAAAGUGCUAGAAAGAUUGGAGUAGAAGGGGCGGCAGAGUUUCUUGAAGACCCCAACAAUGGACUCAAUGAGGUCAAUGAAGAGCUCAAGAAGUACACGAAAGACAUAAAUGGAGUCCCACAUUUUCUGAUUAAUAAUGGAAAGCAGGAACUAAGUGGCGGUCAACCGCCUGAGGUGUUCUUGAGAGCUUUUGAAGCAGCCACAAAGUGAUGCAGCCUCACAUCUAAAAACAUUCACUCUCCAUCUCCAAUAAGAAUGCAACCUUGGAAACAUAUAUUGAAUGCAUAUAACUAAUAGUUUUCUCUGUUUUGGGUAAUGUAACUAAUGUUGUGUGAAUCUUCUCAUGAUGUGAGAGUUGUGAUAUUGUAUAGGGUCCAAAAGGUGUGAGCGAGUUAAACAAAUAGUUGGGAUUUU